AUGGGAACUAAGAGUGGGAUGGAUGAGAAGAAGCAGUCCUCUCAUGUGCUUGCGCUGCAUCCAUGCCCUCCUGAGCCGCAACACAGUGCUGAGAGGCAGAGUGAGUGCCCCACGCACGAGCAGAGUGAUUGCGGCAAGCACCGUGGGGGGGCAGGCGAGAGUCACACUGGUUGCCUCAAAACGCACUCCCACUCUCACGCCCAGCGCCCUGAGCAGCAGCAGCAGCAGCAGCAGGAGCAGCAGCAGGAGCAGCAGAGGCAAGGCAAUGUGCAUGUGUCUGCGGAUGCGGCAGUGCAGAGCAGUGCGGUGCGCAUGGCAUCCCCGACUCGCCUGCCCCAGGGGGCGCUGCCUGCCCCGAUGCAGCGCACAGGCAGUGCUGGCCGCACCCAGGGGGACGCUGGGGAGGGCGGAGACGGGAGGGAGGGAGGGGAGGGUGGGGAGGGAAGGGAGGGUGGGGAGGGAGAGGAAGGUGGGGGCGCGGUGAGGUGGCGGGCGCAGGGCAAGCGCGAGCGCAGCCGCAGGAAGGCGCGCGGGCUGGCGAUGGACGACAUCCUGCGCCGCACGCCCAUCCUUGCUGCCCGCGGGCUGGUGGGGCCUGAGGGGUGCAGUGGGGCGCACGAGAUGAGCGCACGGGAUGGUGAGGAGGGGAGGGCGGGGGAUGGAAUGGCAGUGCGGGAGGGGUGGGUGCCAGGGGAGGCAGGGCGCGGUGGCAACGAGGUGAGGGAGGGGAGGGCGGGCAAGAGGAGGGGGGAGGUGGACGAGUGGGAGGAGUGGCACCGGCGGCAGAUGGCUGCCGGGGGCCAUGCGGGGCAUGUGGGGCAUGUGGGGCAUGUGGGGCAUGUGGGGCAUGUGGGGCAUGUGGGGCGGGCAGGGCAGGCGAUGCUCAGCAGUGAGCAGCCUGUCAGGCAUGACGGCAGCACUGCUGCUGCUGCAGUGGUGGAGCGAGUGAGGGAGGCGCAUGCAGGUGGAGAGGCAGGGAUGCAUGCAGGUGGAGAGGCAGGGAUGCAUGCAGGUGGAGAGGCAGGGAUGCAUGCGGCAGCGCAAGACAGCGAGACAGCCCUUUGGGCAUUGGGAGUUGCAGGCGCUGCGGGUGGUGGCGGGGGAGGAGGCGUCCCCGCUGUGCCAUAUGAUGGCUCGUCCAGUGAGGUGCAUGCAGGUGGUGUGGUGGAGCAGGAGCCCCUCAUCACCUACUCACUCAAGCGAAACCGCAAAUCCCUCAACAAGGAGCACACCUGGAAGUAG